GGCGGUUCCUGAUUUAACUGAACGACCAGCAGCAGCAGUAGCACCGCCCCAAAAACACCGAAAAGACCGAGAAAUCCUGAAAUAAACACCGAAAAGAGCGAGAACAGGCCGGGAAGAGACUGGGGACACACUGCGGACAGACCGAGGACAGACCGAGGACAGACCGAGGACAGAAAUGGCGUCUCAGAACAUGGAUCCCGCCGCUGCCGCAUCAAACGCCGCUCUGAAAGGAAACGAGAGUGGGAACAGCGCCACCAAGGGGUCUGUCACUAAACGGCUGCAGCAGGAGCUCAUGACACUGAUGAUGAGUGGAGACAAAGGCAUCAGUGCGUUCCCAGAGUCUGAAAACCUGUUCAAAUGGGUUGGAACAAUCGACGGAGCUCAGGGCACGGUGUACGAGGGCCUUCGAUACCGCCUGUCUCUUGAGUUCCCACCCGGAUACCCGUAUCACGCUCCGAGAGUAAAGUUUGUGACUCCAUGUUUUCACCCGAAUGUGGACGAUCAGGGUUUGAUCUGCCUUGACAUUCUCAAGGAAAAGUGGUCUGCCCUGUACGACGUGAGGUCUAUACUGCUGUCCAUCCAGAGUCUACUAGGAGAGCCAAAUAAUGAGUCUCCUCUGAACACGACGGCUGCUGAACUCUGGGACAAUCAGGAGGCGUUCAAGGCCCACCUGCGCGCUACAUUCCAGAAGUGAUCUUCCUUUUUUAAAUUAGUGUUUCUGUAAAAUAUUUGAAUGUUUGCUUUUGUCUGUCACUUUCUUCUUAAUAAAGCUCUUAGUCACA